GCCCCAAUUUAUUAGAUUUCUCUAAUAAUAAUAACAAAAAACAUGGCUGAUGUCGACGUGUUUAUAAGCAACUACACGCUUGUGGAUCCAGAAAUCUAUCAGCUAUGGAUCGAAGGCUUUUCGUCCAGCGAAGCCGUUUGCUACUUGAAACAGAAGGGAUUUGGGCAUUCUAUGGGUGCACCGAUUGAUUUGAUUGCAUCCGAUGUCUUGGAUCAUUAUCGCACCUAUUCGCUGAUUGAACUUUAUUUACAUGCGCCCACUAAAUUGAUGGAACAAUCCUGUUUUCAACUGGAACCUCAAACACGGGACCUUAUCAUUGAGAAAUAUUAUUCAAUUGAUGAUGUUGUGGCUCGAGAAAUACUGGGCAAGAAGUUAACUUCACGCUAUCGCAAGGACCUGGAUGAAGUAGGGGAGAAAACAUGCGUUAAACUUAAAUCCUGUCGCCGACAAUUUGAUAAUGUUAAGCGCAUAUUCAGGGCUGUCGAGGAGCUGCCUGGCACGCUGACCAACAAUAUAAAACAGCAUUUUUUUAUAUCCACCGAGCUGGCCAAAAAAUAUGCGUGUAUAGUAUUCUUGGCUUGUCUGCGCUUUGAAACAUCGAAAAAGAAAUUGCAAUAUUUGAGUUUUAGCGAUUUGCUCACCUGCUCACACUCCAUCAUGAUCUACUGGACCUACACUUAUCAGCAUACUGGACCCGAAUACUAUGAUACGGAAAUGGACAAGGAAUUUCUGCUUGAUUUACGUGAGCUUCGCUGCUUAAUGGAUAAGGAAAAAGAGAUUAAACAUCUUGUCUGUCUGCGUCUUAAACCAGUGCUGCUGGAACGUGCAUUUCAUGAAUUGGAUGGGAAUUUCCGUUCAUAUUGGCGUGCAUUAAUUACCAUUGCCUGCAAUCUGCAUCGUAAUCGGGAGCUGCGGGAUUUAUUUGUCGAUCUGUGCGACAAAUUGAUAGAACCUUGGCGUCAAAAUGGCUGGAAUCACGAACAGGUUAAUAAAUUUCUUUCCUCGAUAACACAGAGUGUUCUCGAUUUGGAAAUAUCCAGAGAUCAAGAGACGCGUUGCCUUUGGGAUCGUUAUAUGCAGGUCAUAACAAUAUGUUUAGAUAAAAUGUAUCACAUAUAAUUAAGUUUCGUUUAUUGUAUAUAAAAUGUUAUAUAUUUAUUUUAGUA